UUGGAUUUCUCGCAGUUUUCUAUUCCAGCUCAUUUGCUUUCAGUGCAUGAUAUUUCCACACAAUUGUCGGAGGUAAUGGGUAAUUCCUCUGCUGCAGCUGACAUACAGAACACCUUUCGUGCUGGGUUAAUUGGGACUGGAGUCUCCAUGACUACUACAACAUCCAGUGUUACUUCUACAUCUAAUCUGGCUACUUCCAGUGUUACUACUGUUUCUGGAACUAUUGAAUCUGUUAAUGGUCCUAAUGCUGCUAAUGGUCCUACUGCAGCUAAUACAUCCACGAACAAUCCGCAGGUGCAAGCUGUUCCACAGGGUGGAUCUACUACUUAUAAUGACUUGCUCUGCUUCUUAAGGAUUGACACAGUAACAAAUCCGUUUUCAGAGGUGUCUGCACAUCAGGAUACUACAAUCUGUGGUCACCAUUACAGAGCCUGCAGAAGAGUUCAGUCAAUAAAAUCUGACUAUCCUGUAAUAAAGAAUUUGCCUCUUCGAUAUAGUGUCCAGUGCCGUUUUUUUAGAUCAUCAACUGUUACCAGUGGACAGAUUGUUCAGUUUAAAUUGUCAGAUAUUGGAGAAGGAAUUACGGAAGUUACUGUAAAGGAAUGGUAUGUAAAAGAAGGUGAUUCUGUUUCACAGUUUGACAGCAUUUGUGAAGUUCAGAGUGACAAAGCAUCUGUUACUAUCACCAGUCGCUACGAUGGCGUAAUACGAAAGCUGUACUACAAUAUAGAUGAUAUUGCCUUUGUGGGAAAACCAUUAGUGGACAUUGAAACUGAUGCUGUGAAAGAUGUAGCUUCUGAAGAAGAUGUUGUUGAAGCCCCAGCAGUAUCUCAUGAAGAACAAACGCAUCAGGAGAUAAAGGGCCACAAAACACUGGCGACUCCAGCUGUCCGCCGUCUUGCUAUGGAAAACAAUAUUAAACUAAGUGAGGUUGUUGGAACAGGAAAGGAUGGGAGAAUCCUAAAGGAAGACAUACUUGACUACCUGUCAAAACAGACUGGUGCUAUUCUACCACCUUCCCCAGAGCUAGAGAUUAUUCCCCCUCCACCAAAAGCAGAACCUUCUCCAGCCCUGGCAAAGACUGAACCACGUGUUGCAACUAAGUCGGUCACAAAGCCUGUGGUAUUUACAGGAAAGGAUAGAACUGAACCUGUUAAAGGGUUCCAGAAAGCAAUGGUUAAGACAAUGUCUGCUGCUCUUAAGAUACCUCACUUUGGCUACUGUGAUGAGAUUGAUGUCUCCCAGCUUGUACAGCUGCGACAGGACAUAAAGGCCUCAUCAGAAGCUCGUGGAAUCAAACUAUCUUUCAUGCCGUUCUUCCUAAAGGCAACAUCACUGGGCCUUUUACAAUAUCCUGUCCUAAAUGCAUCAGUGGAUGAAAACUGUCAGAAUAUCACUUACAAGGCUUCCCACAACAUUGGAAUUGCAAUGGACACACAACAAGGCUUGAUAGUACCUAAUGUGAAGAAUGUGCAGUCCCUCAGCAUUUUUGAGAUUGCUGCUGAGUUGAAUCGCUUGCAGACUUUGGGUUCCACAGGGCAGCUAGGAACAACUGAACUCACUGGUGGAACAUUCACUCUUUCAAACAUCGGAACAAUUGGUGGAACGUAUGCAAAACCUGUGAUAAUGCCUCCAGAAGUAGCUAUUGGAGCUGUUGGGAAAAUUCAGGUUCUACCUCGGUUUAACUCUAAAGGUGAAGUAACUAAGGCUCACAUUAUGAACGUAAGCUGGUCAGCUGAUCAUAGAAUUAUUGAUGGUGCUACAAUGUCCCGUUUCUCUAACCUAUGGAAAUCAUACUUGGAAAAUCCUGCAUCGAUGCUGUUGGACCUUAAAUGAAGGAGAUGCAAACUGGACUUUCUUUGCCCAUCUUGUCAAUAAAACGUGGUUGCCCGAGGUCCCCCAUCAAAACUGUUUUGUUUAUUUUCAGAGAGUAGUCAUUUAAAAAGUAUUAUUACACAAACAUGCAAGCCUUAUUAACCAUGACUUAUUUAAUAUGGUGUCUGAGAACUCUGUAUCUGUGACAGAAGUGCACAGUUUAUAAUGAGGCAAAUCUUUCAACACUAGUACCAUACAUCUGCUCUGUCUAAUAAUUAAACAUUGUAAUCUGUUACAUUUACACAGUGAAAUAAGUUGUUAGUCUAAUCAAGAAUGGAGUUUCUGCUUCAUACUAGAAACAACUGUACAGAUCCUGUAAAGCUACAGCAUCUGUGUCAUUAAAGAUCUCUUGGAUUACCGUA